ACAGCGGCAGAGACUCGGGAACCUGGGCCGGACCCAGGUCUUAGUCGAUCUCCCCCGGAAGGGCUCGGAUGGGUGGUCCCAUUUGACAGCUGGGACAAUCAAGGCCGGAAGUCCUGGACGUGCCUAGGAGCACACAGUGGAGCUAGCAGAGCAGGGUUUGAAUUCAAGUCCUUCCCGAGACGGACAUGGACUCUCCAGAGCACCACUGCUGUCUUUGGAGGGGAUACCCCAGCGCUCUUUGGAGAGACAUGAAGCAGACCUGCUUUAUGGGUGAUAGAUGGGAGGCAUCACCGCUCCACCUCCACCCUGACAUUCCGCAUCAAAGCCACAUUCCUUUGGGUUAAGGUCUGAUUCCCCUGAGAUGUGGGAUGGCUCCAGAAAGGGCUGCCCUAGUGAUUCACUGCCCUGUGAGUCUCGAAGCUGCCCUCCCAGGCCCCCUCUGCCAGUACGUCAGAGCAGACCAGAGCACUACCGCCCAGUGUGCUCCUGGGCUACGUAGGAGGGAAGUCUUGGCAGUUCUUUGGAGACAGAGGGGCUGGAUUCUGACCCCGACUCUUCUAGUUACUGUACAAGUGACUUUGGGCAGAGCCAUGAGCCACCAGAUCCUGCUACUCCCGGCCAUGCUGACUCUGGGCCUGGCUAUCUCUCAGCACCGAGACCAAUUGCCCUGCAGGACGGUGAACAAGGAGGCCUUGUGCCAGGGCCUUGGCCUCCUUCAGGUCCCCUCAGUGCUCUCAUUGGACAUCCGAGCUCUCUCCUUGUCUGGCAACAGGCUACAGAGCAUCCUGGUCUCCCCCUUGGGCUUCUACACAGCACUUCGUCACCUGGACUUGAGCGUCAACGAGAUCAGCUUCCUCCAGCCGGGAGUCUUCCAGGCCCUGCCCCACCUGGAACACCUCAACCUAGCCCACAACCGGCUGGCCAUGAGCGCGGCACUGAACAGCGGCGGUCUGGGCCGCUUGCCCCUUCUGGCCUCCCUGGACCUCUCUGGGAACAGUCUGUAUGACAGUCUGGUGGAGGGGCUGUUGGGUGAGGCCCCGAGCCUGCGCACUCUCUCACUGGCAGAGAACAGCCUCACUCGCCUGGCACGCCACACCUUCCGGGGCAUGCCAGCCUUGGAGCAGCUGGACCUCCACAGCAACAUACUGAUGGACAUCGAGGAUGGCACCUUCAAGGCCGUGCCCCGCUUGACCCACCUCAAUCUCUCCAGGAAUUCCCUCACCUGCAUCUCGGACUUCAGCCUCCAACAGCUACAGGUACUUGACCUGAGCUGCAACAGUAUUGAGGCAUUCCAGACGGCGGCCCCGGAACCCCAGGCCCAGUUCCAGCUGGCCUGGCUCGACCUUCGGGAGAACAAGCUGCUCCACUUCCCUGACCUGGCCUCAUUCCCAAGACUUAGCUACCUAAAUGUAUCCAACAACCUCAUCCGGCUCCCUGCGGGGUUGCCCCAGGACAGUGAGGACCUCCACGCACCCUCUGAGGGCUGGUCGGCCUCUCUACUGUCCAACCCCAGCCAGAAUGCCAGCACCAAACCCCUCUCCCAGCUCCUGAACCUGGAUCUGAGUUACAAUGAGAUCGAUCUGGUUCCUGCCGGCUUUCUUGAACACCUGAUCUCCCUGCGCUUCCUCAACCUCAGCCGAAACUGCCUGCAAUCUUUUGAGGCCCGGCGUGUGGGCUCCCUGCCCUGCCUGGUGCUUUUGGACUUGAGCCACAAUGUGCUGGAAGCAUUGGAACUGGGCACCAAAGCCCUGGGGUCCCUGAAGACAUUGCUCCUGCAGGACAAUGCCCUGCAGGAACUGCCACCCUAUACCUUUGCCAGCCUGGCGAGCCUGCAGAGGCUCAACCUAGGGGGAAAUCAGGUCAGUCCCUGUGGGGGCCGAGCAGAGCCAGGUCCCCCAGGCUGUGUGGAUUUCUCUGGGAUCCCCACCCUUCGUGUUCUGAACAUGGCAGGGAACUCAAUGGAGACGCUCAGGGCUGGCAGCUUCCUCCACACCCCACUUACUGAGCUGGACCUCUCUGACAACCCUGGCCUGGAUGUGACCACCGGAGCCUUGGUGGGCCUAGAGGCAUCCUUGGAGGUACUGGAACUUCAGGGCAACCGGCUGAACGUCUUGAAGGUGGACCUACCCUGUUUCCGCCUCCUCAAGCUCCUUAACCUUUCCGAGAACCGCCUCAGUCACCUGCCUGCCUGGACACAGGCUGUGUCCCUGGAGGUGCUGGAUCUGCGGAACAACAGCUUCAGCCUCUUGCCGGGCACGGCCAUGGGUGGCCUGGAGACUAGCCUCCGGCGCCUGUACCUGCAGGGAAAUCCGCUCAGCUGCUGCGGCAAUGGCUGGCUGGCAGCUCAGCUACACCAGGGCCGGGUGGACGUGGACGCUACUCGGGACCUAACCUGCCGCUUUGACUCCCAGGAGGAGGUGCCCCUGAGCCGUGUGAGUCCCGAGGAUUGUGGGAAGGGUGGGUUCAAGAACACCAACCUCAUCAUCAUCCUCACCUUCACACUGGUCUCUGCCAUCAUCCUCACCACGCUGGCCACCUGCUGCUUCCUCCGCAGGCAGAAGUUCAGCCAACAAUACAAAGCCUGAGGGAUCUUCCUCGGUA